CUGUCUGUCUGCAUUGAGGACACAGAUCCAAAGAGAAGAAGAGAAGGUACCCAAAUACACUGAGAGCCAAGUCUGCAGGAUGGACAUAGUGACGUCAUGUCUCAUUGUGGCCUCACUCAUGCAAUGCAUCUUGGGAGCUCCUUUGGAGAUUUAUUUUGAAGAGGCAAAUAAAAUUGCUGUUAGUCAAGAAGAAGCCAAGCCAGAACCUAAGGAUGUUUUCACUAUCAUCUCAGAGACCAACAAAGGUGUCAAGAAGUUACUGCAUGAAAGUGACAUAGUUGUAAGUGUGGACAGGAAUGCCAUGAAGUGCGAUGGGGACACCUGCAGGUGGAAGACUAGUGAUGGAAUAGUCAGAGUGCCAUACACUAUCUCUGCCAACUUCAGUGCCACAGAAGUGUCAGUAAUUGUUGAUGCCAUGCAGGAUUUCGCCACGCUCACCUGUGUAAACUUUGUGCCGCGCACUGUGGAACCCGACUACCUGCAGAUUAUACCUGAUUCGGGCUGCUGGUCAUAUGUAGGGAAGACUGGAGGAGCCCAAGAAGUUUCACUGAAUCAGGGAGGUUGUGUUGGGAAAGGGACGGUCCAGCAUGAGUUGAACCACGCUCUGGGGUUCUACCACGAGCAGAGUAGGAGCGACCGGGACAACUAUGUCAAUAUCUUAACUGGCAACAUCAUACCAGCGAGCAUUGGAAACUUUGACAAAUACAACACCAAUAACCUCGGCCAGGAAUAUGACUACUCCUCGGUUAUGCACUAUGGAAGGAAUGCAUUUGCUAAGCAGCCUGGUCUAGAUACGAUUGUGCCAAAACCCAACCCAAACGUGCCCAUUGGGCAGAGAUACGGGCUCAGCAACUUGGAUAUUUCUAAAAUAAACCAGCUUUAUCAAUGUGGUGCCUGCAGCACUGUCCUGUCUGAUUCUACUGGAUCACUGAUGUCAUCCAACUACCCUGGCAGUUACCCCCAUAAUACCAAAUGUUCCUGGCUUAUACGGGCUCCAUCUGAUCAGAUUUUCCUGCAGUUCAGCGCAUUUGAUGUGCAGAGCUCCGCAGGCUGUGCCUCUGAUUACCUGAAAAUCUAUGAUGGCGGCAGUAGGUCAGAUCCAGUGUUAUUGGACCGAGCUUGUGGCACAGGCCAAUUGCCUUCAGUGGUGUCAACUGGGAAUCUGCUGCUGCUGGAUUUCGUCAGUGAUCAGAGCAUUGGGGGCAAUGGAUUCAAGGCUUCCUACAAUACGGUGCAAUGUGGCUCCUCAUUCUUCAACCCCUCGGGACAAUUCUCCACCCCAAACUACCCCUCUCCAUACCCCCCGAAUACCAACUGCACCUGGAUAAUCUCUGCUCCGGACGGGUAUCAGGUGUCAUUAAACAUGGCAGACUUUUACCUGGAAUAUCAGCGAAGCUGUUCAUAUGACAACUUGCAAGUGUUCGAUGGCCCCAGGCCCACGUCGCCUCUCAUAGGCAGGUACUGUGUCAGCACCCCCAGUACCAUCGUCUCCACUGGCAACUCCCUGCUCCUUCAGUUCCACAGCGACAGCGAGGUGGAGAACAAGGGCUUCAUGGCAAAGUAUUCAUUCGUGCCCAAGAAGUUAAAGAAGAAUUAAAAGGUCGAUGGAACCUGCCGAAAUAUUCAAUUCUAUUUAUUAAUCUGAUUCUUAUAUUUAUGUAUACUUUAGCCCCCCCAAUCCAGUGUUAUGGAUCUCACCCCUCCUGCCAGGUCUCAAAGCUGUUUCUAUAUAUUUCAAUGUAAUUAUUCAAAUAAAAUCUCAUUCCACAUU